AUGCCCGCCCUUUCGCCCACGAUGACAGAGGGCAAUAUCGCGAGCUGGAAGGUCAAGGAAGGGGAGGCCUUUGGCGCCGGCGACGUUCUUCUCGAAAUCGAGACCGACAAGGCCACCAUGGAUGUCGAGGCUCAGGAGGACGGCGUCAUGAUGAAGAUCAUGGCUCAGGACGGUAGCAAAGCCGUUCAAGUCGGCGCCCGCAUCGCCGUCCUCGCCGAGGCCGGCGACGACAUCAACGCUCUCGAGAUCCCGGCCGAUGAGCCCCAGCGGACGACCAGCCAGGAGAACGCGGCGGCGGCCAAGGAGAACGCCCCAACGCCCGUCGAGCAGGCUAGCCGUCCUCCGCGUGUCGCGAGCGGCGAGACGCACGUUCAAAAGUACCCACUGACGCCUGCGGUGGAGCAUCUGGUGAAGCAGCAUAACCUUCGCGAGGAGGACGUCGCCAGCAUCAAGCCAACAGGUCCCAAUGGCCGCCUGCUCAAGGGAGACGUCCUCGCCUACCUCGGAACCAUCCGGGCAGAGACUCCGGCCGUCCUGUCCUCGCGGUUCGAAAAAAUGUCCCACCUCGACCUGAGCAACAUCAAAGUCGCCGUCAAGAAGUCCGCCGUUGUGCCUCCCAAGAAGGCGGGCACUGCUGCUGUGGAAGCUCCCGAGAUUGAGGCCCUCGAAGUCAACGUCCCUAUCUCGCUGGCCAAGGCGGUCGAGGUCCAGAACAGAAUCCACGACACCCUCGGCAUCUUCCUUCCCCUGUCCACGUUCAUUGCCCGCGCCGCCGAGGCCGCCAACGACCACCUCCCUCGCUCCACGCGCGAGCCCACGCCCGCCGAGCUCUUCGACCAGGUUCUCGGACUCGACAAGAUCAAGGGUGGUUCCCGGGCCGCAUACAUGCCUCAAGUCUCUGCCAUCCCACCAGCCUCAGUCCUCGAACCUCUUCGGCCGCGGACCAGAAAGGCCGACAUCAUCGAUGAGCUCGCCCCCCGGAAGAAGACAACGCCCAGGGUCCGUGGCGUCCCGACAGUGCCAGGGUUGUCCAACGACCUAAACCUGUUCAGCCUAGUCGUGCCCAAGGAGGAGGGGAGGCGCGCGCACGAGUUCCUGUCGCGGUGCAAGCUAAUGCUGGAGAGCGAUCCAGGACGGUUGGUGUUGUGA